UUCACCCAGUGGGUAAAGAAGCUUGCUUCCGUAGCCAAUCGCAGCAUCUCAAUUUCCAAAGUUGCCAAGAAAAGCUCCGGUAAGCAAGGGUGCGCCACGUGACUCCAGAAGCUCUCUUUCCGGACCCAACCAAGCUCUGGCCCGGGCGUUCCCGAGAUCCGGCCUUGGAAGUGAGGCAAAAUUACGCCGAGUGCAUACUGGAGUUUUUUGAAGGGGCGUGGAGCCAUACCUCACCUCGAACUCAGUCGGACCUUUGCUUCAAACCACUCACUUACUUUCCGCACCCCUCCCCUUUCGCCCAUCCGCCUCCUCCAUGGCGUCCCGGAGACUCGCUUUGAACCUUUCGAAGGGCCUUCGCGGCCGGGCUGGAGGGCUGACGGUGCCGUUCAGGCGAGGCCUCGCGACGCCGCACCACUCACCCGCCAUCAAGACCGAGACCACGACGCUCAAAAAUGGCCUUACCGUCGCGACCCAGUACUCUCCCUAUGCCCAGACCUCGACCGUCGGCAUGUGGAUCGAUGCCGGCUCCCGCGCCGAGACCGACGAGACCAACGGCACCGCCCACUUCCUCGAGCACCUCGCCUUCAAGGGUACCGCGAAGCGGACGCAACAGCAGUUGGAGCUCGAGAUUGAGAACAUGGGCGCCCACCUGAACGCCUACACCUCGCGAGAGAACACCGUGUACUUUGCCAAGGCCCUGAACGAGGACGUCCCCCAGUGCGUCGAUAUCCUGCAAGACAUUCUCCAGAACUCGACUCUCGAGGAGUCCGCCAUUGAGCGGGAACGCGACGUCAUUCUGCGCGAGGCCGAGGAGGUGGAGAAGCAGCUCGAGGAGGUCGUCUUCGACCACCUGCACGCCACCGCCUACCAGAACCAACCGUUGGGUCGCACCAUCCUCGGCCCCCGCGAGAACAUCCGCGAGAUCACCCGGACCGAGCUCACCAACUACAUCAAGAACAACUACACGGCCGACCGCAUGGUGCUCGUCGGCGCCGGCGGCGUCCCCCACCAGCAGCUCGUCGAGAUGGCCGAGAAGUACUUCUCCAAGCUGCCGUCGCACGCCCCCGUUUCCAGCGCUUCCAUCCUCUCCAAGAAGAAGCCCGACUUCAUCGGCUCCGACGUCAGGAUCCGCGACGACACCAUCCCGACGGCCAACAUCGCCAUUGCUGUUGAGGGUGUCAGCUGGAACGACGACGACUACUUCACCGCCCUGGUCACUCAGGCCAUCGUCGGCAACUACGACAAGGCGCUCGGCAACGCCCCCCACCAGGGCAGCAGGCUCAGCGGCAUCGUCCACAAGAACGACCUGGCCACCAGCUACAUGAGCUUCUCCACCAGCUACAGCGACACUGGUCUCUGGGGCAUCUACAUGGUCACCGACAAGCUCUCGAGGAUCGACGACCUGGUGCACUUCGCCCUGCGCGAGUGGUCGCGCCUGUCGGGCAACGUGACCGCGGCCGAGGUGGAGCGCGCCAAGGCGCAGCUCAAGGCGUCCAUCCUGCUGUCGCUGGACGGCACCACCGCCGUGGCCGAGGACAUUGGCCGGCAGAUCGUCACGACCGGCCGCCGCAUGAGCCCCGGCGAGAUCGAGCGCAUCAUCGACGGCAUCACCGAGAAGGACGUCAUGGACUUCGCCAACAGGAAACUCUGGGACCAGGACAUCGCCAUCAGCGCCGUCGGCAGCAUCGAGGGCCUCUUCGACUACGCGAGAUUGCGGGCCGACAUGAGCAGGAACUUUUAAAAUGACGGUGGAUAUAGAAAUCCAAAAAAAGCGCAAGGCGGAGGGAGCACUGUUGCGCCGAGAUGUCUUGCUGCGUUGUGUGACGGAGUGACGG